AUGGAUCCCUUCAGCACCGCGGCGGCCGUCCUUCCAUUCGCUAUUCUCUUUCUCCAGAGUAUCAAACUCAGCUGUGGCGUCUUCUCGACGUACAAAGACGCAAAAGAACAGGUCAACCGCCUUCUCAAGCAAAUCGAGAGCCUACUCUCUACGCUGGAGAGGCUUUUGAGGUCCCGCGCCAUAAGUGAUCAGAGAGAUGGAGCUCUCGCAACGAAGAUCAUAGCAUGCGCGGAUGACAUUGAAGCCUACGACAAAAUGCUGAAGGCGAUGGCAGUGGGCGGUGCGGAGAAACUGUUCGAGAGGCAAAAGAAGAAGCUCAAGGCUUCCUUCAAAGUCGAAGAUUUGGAAAAAAUGAGUGCCGUCAUGGCUGAGCACACAGGAGCAUUGAGCCUUCACCUGAACGCCAUUGAAAGCGAUAUGCUGUUCGAGGUGCGGGAUCAGCUUGCUAUCGUGGAACGAGAAGGGCGCACAAUACAGCAGGCCAUCGCAGAAAGCCGAGCUGCCGUUAUUGAGCACCACACGACCAUGGCGGUAACGGUUCGUGACACAGUGACGACAACCCUUCACGAUACAAUGGCGCAAGUAACAGACGAGACGCGCAGUAAUGGACAGGCAAUUCGCGCUGCUUUGUUGGAUUUGGGAUCAAAAGCCCAAGGCGAUCAGAUGAUUGGCAUGCUCAACCAGAUGCUGGAGCAACUCUCUCGUUUGUCUGUCGAGCGCGACAAUGGUGCGCGUGUCGAGGAACUCCGAGACGAACAGGACAACCAGCAAUCUGACGACGUCCAAGGAAAUGACGAAGCCCAAAAGGACAUGCAGUCAAUUGACGAUAUGCCCGCCGAGGACGUCCUGCCGUGUGCCAUGCUAAAGGAUAGCAUAAAUUCAAUCUUGACGGCUCUUCACAACAAGCAAGGCGUCUUUUCUCUCGACGAAGCCGCAGACAUUGACGAUGCCCUGCUUGCUCUUCUCCAAACCAUGGCGUCUGACGCAUUUCUCGCGUCGGCUGCGACGUCCGUGUCGACAUAUCAGCAGAUGUGCGAGACAUGCACCAAGCGUGACCUUGCCCGGUUGCGAGAGAACUUGAAAACAGUCCAGGGAAUCACUCUCUCCUCACAGAAAAUUUCCGUCAAUGAAAAAGGUGAAUGA